AUGGCCUCGGUGAAGAUAUUCAGCUUAGCGGUAAAAACACUAGCUAAACCAAUAGCGAACACUAUAAAGGCUCAAGCCGCUCAACAUGAUACGUUUAAAAACAUAUGUAUAGGUCUAGCGCAGAGGAUGCACCGCACCGAAGCUAGGAUGAGAAUGGGAUUACUGAAUGCUGAAUCUGGUCAGAUCAAACCAUUGAAUGAUGCUCGAGCGAUACAGAACGGUGCAACGACACUGGCAGAGACGUUCUUGUUCCUAGUAGGAGCCGGUCUGAUAGUGGCAGAAUCACUGCGAUCUUCGCGGAAAGAAGAAAAAAGACGUGAUGCCGUUCAGGAUAGGUUGGACGGAUUGGAAGAUGAAGUGAAGAAAUUGACUAAAUCGCUAGAUGGAGAUGAAGACGGGGGUUGGAAAGGUGGUCUCGAGGAAAUAAGGCAAAGGAACGAGAAUAUUGAGCGAAUAUUAACGACGAUAAUAAAUAAUGGUCUGAAAGCUGGUUGGGUAUCUUUAGGGCAUACCGAUGGCGAGAUAUUGCCACUGCUGGAAGCGUCAAGAGCUGAAGAAGGACUCGAGUCACCGUUUCGUAUACAGGAGAGUCAAGGGGGAGUCGUAGGAGAUGCAAAAGCACAAUAA